UGCUCUUGAAGGGGGCGAAGUUGGGAGGGAGGGAGACGACGACGAGGGAGGAAACAGCAACAUUCUCACAGAUUUUCACCCCUGAAAGCAUCCCGAGGUCUGCGCUGACUGCACCUCAGCUCCAACCGGCCAAUUAAAGACACAAAAGAAUCAGCCAGGAUGGCGAAAGUCAGUGUGAUGGCAUUCAGCUUUCUGCUCACCACAGCUCUUUCUGCUCCCAUUAAAGUCUUAGAGGACUCAGUGACCUUGUUCCAUGGGGAGAAUUUCCACAUCAUGCUGCCUCCAGUUCCUUCAGAGGUCACAUUUCGGAACAGGUCUUCUCCGAGGUCAGCUGAUCUAGUCUUGAUGCGGGGAGACACUGUGGUCAACAAUCGGGUCAAACUCAACGCCCAACACCUCAUUAUAAACUCUGUAGAUGAGGGAUACGAGGGCGUGUACACCAUCAAGAAUCUAGACAAGCCAGAGGACAUCAGACGCAUUACGCUUGUAGUCCGAGAUUGCUCCAAUGAGCAGAUUAUUAAAUAUGGAGACAACUACCAUAUUCCGCUGUCAGGGGUGACUCCUCCCAUCACCAUGGAGUACAAGCCAAUUGCUGUGGAGGCCAACCUGACAUCUAGACCUGGUCUUGUGCUGCUGACCAGCACAGGGAUAUCCAGGGGUGGCUACGAGGGUCGAAUCAGUGUCAGCGAGCGCCACGUCACCCUCAGUGCUGUCACUGGUGCGGACGAAGGUAGCUACAAUAUCAGGGAUGGCAAAGGUGUUAUCCGAAGGAAAGUGUGUCUCAACGUCAAAGAGCAUCAACACUUUGUGACCCUGCCGUAUGGUAAAAGGCUGAAAAUCAACCUGAUACUGAACAGCUCAUUGGUCCAGCUCUACUACACACCCGAAAAGGACCCUACACCCCGUCUGCUGCUGGACAAGGGAGAAUUUACAAGUGCCCAAACUGAGCUGGGUCUUGAGGGCCGUCUCUCUUUGGAGGAUUCAUUGGUUGUCCUGGAUCAGGUCAAGGGUGCAGAUGCAGGCCAGUUCAAAAUCACUGACAUUCUGGGGUUCACUGUGUCCAGCAUCCACCUGCAAGUACAACCCUACAAGCUGGAGUCACUGUAUGUGGCGAUCAUUGCCCUGUUGGGCCUGCUGGUUUUCCUUCUGCUGGUUUGCUUGCUGUCCUGCCUGAUCAAAGUGAAGAAGAGGGCCAAGAGGGCUGCUGCCCUGGAGAAGAUUGCCCAGAAAGAUAGCAAAGAAGAUGAGGGAGAGGCCUUCAGACAGGUGGUCAAGAACAUCACCAAACUCAGUGAGGAAUCUAAGCAUUCCCAGGCUGACAAUACUGAGAAAUCUCAGAGCACUGAGGUAGACAUUAAGGGUCUGGAGGUCUCUUCUAAAGAGGUCGGGGUUGACAACCUGGAGACCAGUGACUCUGGAGUUGGCUUUAACACCGCCCUCCCGCUGGACACUGACACUGAUGCCCCUGAUCAAAUCUCAGACUCUGUAGCUGUAACCAUCUCUGUUGCCCCUGAAACCAAACCAAGUCCACCAUCUGCUGCUGAGUUCAAGCCAAGUGCUCCACCAGCUAUGGAAAUUAAGCCCAGUCCUGUAGUUGAAACUAAAGCCUUCCCAGCACCUGAGGCCAAAACAACCCCUGAUCAGCCAGUGGAAGCAAAGUUGGACGUGCCCAAACCAGCAGAUGUUAAGCUUAGCCCAGCCCCGAGCCCUGAGCCCAAGGCCAGGAGUCCAGCUGAUCUGAAGCCUGCUCCCAUCCCAAGCCCGGAGCCUAAACCAGCUGCUCCAAAAGCCACCACUCCAACACCUGAAAGUAAGAGUGCCCUGACUCCCACACCUGAGCCCCCUAUUACCAACGGUACACCUGAGCCAGGCCCGGAUUCCAAACCAAGCCCAGAUCAUGCUGAUAUUAUUGGAGGCUCAGCUCCAAAAGCGGCUCCCCCUAAAACCCCUGAAGUGGAGCUGAAAUCCAGUGGUGCCGCACUGGAGGCCACCAAAGACGGCACUAUGGCUGAGGAUUCAACCACCACCACCUGAGAACUUCCCCUGCAAAAAUCCAAGAGAAGCCCCACAGAUUUUCUCUAUCUACCACCACUGUAGACUAUCAGACACCCCCUAUCAAAUAAUGAAGAAACCACUGAAACUGGGGCAAGGACCUUGGUUUAACAAGUCUAAUGCCUGAACACAGUUUUAACUUGAUAAUAAUAUUUCACUUGUCUAUAACUAACACGUAAUCUUUGAGACUUUCUGAUUCAGAAAAACUUCACACAACAAAUGCGGUUGUUGAUUGUUAAACAUUUAAGUCCACUACAAUUAAAAUGUUAAGUCAACAUAAGGUCUUUUCUAACACAGUGAGUUAGCCAAAAAGGUUUACAACAUUUCAUUUAAACUAGACCAUACUAGAAAUUCCCAUUUAGAUGUUUGUUCCUGUAUCAGCAUGUGGAUAAAACCAACUGCAUGACAUUUUCUGCCAAUUUCAUCUCAAACCUAAAUUAAAAUGCCUGAUGUCAUUCUUCUGAUUUGACAUCAUCAAAAUGGAAAUGAAAGACCUUUUGCUCACACAAACAACACUCAGUUGUUGGCAUUUUGUACAUAGCUGAAUUGUGGAUGUUAUCAGUUGUGCCAGUCCUCUGCCUUCAAACAUCUGCAAUACAUUUUCACAUAUAGAAAAAAGCACAACUUUAGCCACACAAGAAACCAUACUAAUAAUACUAACCUCACUAUUUAUAGUCUCUGAGACUGAGAUUCAGACUCCCAGUGGAUAUCUCAGAUGAUUAAAAUGUGUUUUGCAGACUGAUCCCUCAAGUCUGGAUCAACCACUUUACUGUCUUUGAUCUGGAUUUCCCUGUGGCUCUGUAAAAAGCCCAUUAUUCCUGCAGUUUAAUUUGAAGCUCAUGCCAGCAGCAACUCCAGACACUUGGGACCGCUAUGUUCCCACUGUACAUUGAGCUCUACAAAGGUGAAAUACUGAAUGAAAACAUCUUGUAAGUUCAAAUAGUGAGAACAUGCUUGUUUGCUUUUUCUUUUCUUAUCCUUCCCACCUUAUUUUGUCUGUCAUUCUUUCCUUGAUCCUUCCCCCUCAUUCCUUCCUCUUUUCUCUGCUUUCCUUCAUCAUUUUUAUCUUCUUAAAAUGAAGAUAUCUUCUCUCUCUCUCGCCUGUCAUUCACCGGUCUUGUGUGAGUUUUGCAUGCUUGCUCUGCUGCCGACAACUUCAUGCAAGUCACUGUUCCUCGUGGGUCAAUUUCAAGUAGCCGGCUAUUUAAAAACGAUCAAAUAUUCUUUGUGUGGUUCAUCAACAGUG